CGCGUUACCUGCUAAUCCGCGCGGAGAGGAGGGAUGGCGGCGGCCACUGCGGGUCGGCUGUUGCGGCUUGGUGGAGCCGGAUCUGAAGGCCGAUGGCUUCGGCUCUGUGGCGCGGGGCUGUCGCCGACCUUCCUGCAGCCCUUCUCGGCCGGCGCCGGCUGCGGAGAAGCGAUCCAGAGGCGGCAGGUGUCUCACUUUACUUUCAAGCCCGACCCGGAGUGCCAGGAGUACGGGCAAACUCAGAAAAUGAAUCUUUUCCAAUCAAUAACAAGUGCUUUGGAUAAUUCAUUGGCCAAAGAUCCUACUGCAGUAAUAUUUGGUGAAGAUGUUGCUUUUGGUGGAGUCUUUAGAUGUACUGUUGGCUUGCGAGACAAAUAUGGAAAAGAUAGAGUUUUUAACACCCCAUUAUGUGAACAAGGAAUUGUUGGGUUUGGAAUUGGAAUUGCAGUCACUGGUGCUACCGCCAUUGCAGAAAUUCAGUUUGCAGAUUAUAUUUUUCCUGCUUUUGAUCAGAUUGUUAAUGAAGCUGCCAAGUAUCGAUAUCGUUCUGGGGAUCUUUUUAAUUGCGGAAGCCUUACCAUCCGGUCCCCCUGGGGCUGUGUUGGCCAUGGGGCUCUCUAUCAUUCUCAGAGUCCUGAAGCUUUUUUUGCCCACUGUCCAGGAAUCAAGGUGGUUGUGCCCAGAAGCCCUUUCCAGGCCAAGGGACUUCUUUUGUCAUGCAUAGAGGAUAAAAAUCCUUGUAUAUUUUUUGAACCUAAAAUACUUUACAGGGCAGCAGUGGAACAGGUUCCUGUAGAAUCGUACUACAUCCCACUGUCCCAGGCUGAAGUCAUACAGGAAGGAAGCGAUAUUACUCUUGUUGCCUGGGGUACUCAGGUUCAUGUGAUCCGAGAGGUGGCUUCCAUGGCGCAGGAAAAACUUGGAGUGUCUUGUGAAGUCAUUGAUCUGAGGACUAUUAUACCUUGGGAUGUGGAUACAGUUUGCAAGGGGCAGUGAACUUCAGGUGCCAUUACUGUUCACAAGCUAUCUUUAAGAUGCUGGUUAGCUGAUACAUUGAAGAUCUUUCAGGAGAAAAGUGCUAUUUUGGAUAAUCAUUUUGGCAAAGGACCUAUGACAUUGGUGACUUAGGAUAAAAUUUCAUUGUGUCUACUUCAGAAUGGAGGAGGUUGAGUAAAUCGACAUGUAAUACUUUUUAAGAGAAAAAGAACAUGGUGAACAUUUGAGACUUGAUUAUACAAUUUAAGAAAUUAGAUCUAUUAAGCAUCUUUAAAACAAUAUCUGUAUGGAAUUUUCAGUCAGCCCACAAUUAUUAUAACUUCGAUGUUAAACUAAACCAAAAACCACACCCAUUGCCAUGGAGUCGAUUUUGACUCAUAGCGACCCUAUAGGACAGAGUAGAACUGCUCCAUAGAGUUUCCAGGGAGCGCCUGGUGGAUUUGAACGGCCAACCUUUUGGUUAGCAGCCGUAGCUCUUAACCACUAUGCCACCAGGGUUUCUGAAUGUUAAACUAGUAUCAUAAAUUUUCUGUGAAUUGUUAGCACCCCUUCCCCAAACACACACAUACCAGGGUAAUAAUAAUAUUACUUCAAUGAUUCAAUAAUAUCACUUCAAUGAAUAGUAAUGUCAUUUCAUUGAAACUGCCUGAACUAGCAAAUAAUAAAUGUAGCACAGUGAAAUGCCAUUGGAGUCUUUACUGUUGGGCCAGGUUCUAAAUUUGCCAAGUACUGUGUCAGAGCUAUCGUACUCCCACUUUUCCUUUUAUGAAAAGCAUAAGCAUACUUAUGCUAAGGUUUCAGUUUUGGAAUUCCCAGAUGCUUUUGCUAUAGCAAACUCUAAAGAAAAUGCCUGGAAGAGCCCAGGAUGGCCCUAAGAAGCAAAGAUGUAGGAUAUACAAUGCCUUGAUUGUGUUUCAAAAGCACAACUUGGUUUAAAUAUUACUUACUAAGUGUCUUCUUGGCUAACCAACUGGAAGAGAUCCAUAUUUAUGCCCAUUCUCAAGAAAGGUGAUCCAACUGAAUGCAGAAAUCAUAGAAUAAUAUCAUUAAUAUCACACGCAAGCAAAAUUUUGCUGAAGAUCAUUUGAAAGAGGCUGCAGCAGUAUAGGAAACCCUGGUGGUGUGGUGGUUAAGUGCUAUGGCUGCUAACCAAAGGAUCAGCAGUUCGAAUCCACCAGGUGCUCCUUGGAAACUCGAUGGGGCAGUUCCACUCUGUCCUAUAAGGUCGCUAUGAGUCAGAAUUGACUCGAUGGCACUGGGUUUGUUUUUUUUUUUUUGGUUUGCAGCAGUAUAUUGACAGGGAACUGCCAGAAAUUUAGGCCAGAUUCAGAAGAGGAUGUGGAACCAGGGAUAUCAUUGCUGAUGUCAGAUGGAUCCUGCCUGAAGGCAGAGAAUGCCAGAAGAAUGUUUACCUGUGUUUUAUUGACUAUGUAAAGGCAUUGGACUGUGUGGAUCAUAAAUAAUGGAUAACAUUGUGAAGAAUGGGAAUUCCAGGACACUUAAUUGGGCUCAUAAGGAACCUGUACACAGAUCAAGAGGCAGUUGUUCAGAUAGAACAAAGGGAUACUGAGUGGCUUGAAGUCAGGAAAGGCAUGCAUCAGGUUGUAGCCUUUCACCAUACCUAUUCAAUCUGUAUGCUGAGCAAAAAAUCCGAGAAGGUGGACUAUAUGAAGAAGAAUGGGGCAUCAGGAUUGGAGGGAGACUCAUUAACAACCUGCAUUAUGCAGAUGAUACAACUUUGCUUGCUGAAAGUGAAGAGGACUUGAAGCACUUACUAAUGGAAAUCAAAGACCACAGCCUUCAGUAUGGAUUACACCUCAACGUAAAACAAAAAGCUUCACAACUGGCCCAAUGAGCAACAUCAUGAUAAACAGAGAAAAGAUUGUGAUUGUCAAAGAUUUCAUUUUAUGUGGAUCCACAAUAAACACACAUAGAAGCAGCAGUCAAGAAAUCAAAAGAUGCAUUGCAUUGGGCAAAUCUGCUGCAAAGGACCUCUUUACAGUGUUGAAAAGGAAAAAUGUCACCUUGGAGACUAAGAUGUGCCUGACUCAAGCCUUGGUAUUUUCAGUCACAUCGUAUGCAUGUGAAAGCUGGACAAUGAAUAAGGAAGACCGAAGAAGAAUUGACACUUUCGAAUUGCGGUGUUCGCAAGGAAUAUUGAAUAUACCAUGGACUGCCAAAAGAAUGAACAAAUUUGCCUUGGAAGAAGUACAACCAGAGUGCUCCUUAGAAGCAAGGAUGCUGAGACUGUGUCUUACAUACUUUGGACAUGUUGUCAGGAGGGGUCAGUUUCUGGAGAAGGACAUCAUGCUUGGUAAAGUACAGGGUCAGUGGAAAAGAAAACCCUCAACAAGGUGGAUUGACACAGUGGCUGCAACAAUGGGCUCAAGCAUAAUGAUUAUAAGGAUGACACAGGACAGGGCAAUGUUUUGUUCUGUUGUGCAUAGGGUCACUAUGAGUCAGAACCCACUCGACGGCACCUAACAACAACAACUCAUUUCCAAAAAUCUUCAACAUGGAAUUCAACCAUAUUAAUAUCCAAAUGAUAUGUUAUAAUUUCUUCUUUCAAGAAAAAGAAAAUUGAGAGAGUUGCAGUGGAGAUUGGUUACAAGUUUAUGGAAAUAUUUUUAAAUCCUGUUGAAAAAUGACAGAACAGUGAUAAUAAGUUAUGAAAACAACUUGAGAAGGGACUACUUUAGUUAUUUGCAAAAUUAUUUUGGCAGAAAAAAAAUUUAUAUUGCUACCUAGAGGUUGCUAUUUGCAUGUUUGGGCUAAUUGGGAAAAUUAAAAAAGACUUUUAAAACAUGUUUAUUUACAUAUUUACUCAUGUUUAAGCACAUACCUAAUAAACGUCAGCUUUUUAGUCUAAUACAGUAACUUUAUUAUCAGUGUUACUUCUGUCAACAGGAAACGAAGAUUUGGGUUAAAUACCAAGGAAAAGAAAUGGUUUGUGCUUGUACAUUUGUUACAACUAUGCAUUUAAAAAGGGUGUACAUAAAAACAGAAUGAUGUUUUUCACUGCUAACUCUUUAUUCUAAAACGAAUUAGGUGUAGGAAAAAAUAGGUGGAAAGAGUUGCGUGAGGGUUGUUGUUAGGUGCCGUGAAGUUGGUUCUGGCUCAUAGCGACACUAUGUACAACAGAACAAAACACUGCCCUGUCUUGUGCCAUUCUCACCAUCAUUGUUAUGGUUGAACCCAUUGUUACAGCCGCUGUGUCAAUCCAUCUCAUUGAGAGUCUUCCUCUUUUUCUCUGAUCCUCCACAUUACCAAGCAUGAUGUCCUCCAGGGACUGAUCUCUCCUGAUAAUAUGUGAGAUGAAGCCUUGCCAUCCUCGCGUCUAAGGAGCAUUCUGGCUAUACUUCUUUCAAGACAGAUUUGUCCGUCCGUGCUAUAUUCCAUAUUCUUUGCCAACACCAUAAUUCAAAGGCAUUAUUCUUCUUUGGCCUAAUUUAUUCAUUAUCCAGCUUUCACAUGCAUAUGAGGCAAUUGAAAACACCAUGGCUUGGGUCAGGCAUACCUUAGUCCUUAAAGUGACAUCUUUGCUUUUCAACACUUUAAAGAGGUCUUUUGCAGCACAUUUGUCCAAUGCAAUGUGCUGUUUGAUUUCUUGACUACUGCUUCCAUGGGCAUUGAUUGUGAAUCCAAAUAAAACGAAGUCCUUAACAACUUCAGUAUUUUUUCCGUUUAUCAUAAUGUUGCUUAUUGGUCCAGUUGUGAGGAUUUUUGUUUUCUUUAUGUUAAGGUGUAGUCCAUAUUGAAGGCUGUGGUCUUUGAUCUUCAUCAAUAAGUGCUUCAAGUCCUCUUUACUUUCAUCAAGCAAGGUUGUGUCAUCUACAUAUCACAGGUUGUUAAUGAGUCUUCCUCCAAUCCUGAUGCCCUGUUCUUCUUUACAUAGCCCACCUUAUUGGAUUAUUUACUCAGCGUACAGAUUGAAUGAGCAUGUUAAAAGGUUAUAACCCUGAUGCACACCUUUCUUGACUUUAAACAAUGCCAUAUCCCCUUGUUCUGUUUGAACGACUGCCUCUUUUCUAUGUGCAGGUUCUGCAUUAGCACAUGUAAGUGUUCUGAAAUUCCCAUUCUUCGUAAUAUUACCCAUAAUUUAUUAUGACCCAUACAGUCGAAUGCCUUUUCAGUCAAUAAAACACAGGUAAACAUCUUUCUGGUAUUCUCUGCUUUCAGCCAUGAUCCUUCUGACAUCAGUAAUGAUAUCCUUCGUUCCACAUCCUCUUCUGAAUCUGGCUUGAAUUUCUGGUAGUUCCCUGUUGAUAUACUGCUAAAACUGCUCUGGAAUGAUCCUCAGCAAAAUUUUACUUGCGUGUGAUAUUAAUGAUAUUGUUCAAUAAUUUUGCGUUCUGUUGGAUCACCUUCCUUUGGAAUGGGCAGAAAUAUGGAGCUCUUCCAGUCAAUUGGCCAGGUAGCUGUCUUCCAGAUUUCUUGGCAGAGAUGAGUGAGCACUUCCAGCACUCCAUCUGUUUGUUGAAACACUUCAAUUGGUAUUCUGUCAAUUCCUGGAGGCUUGGCUUUUGCCAGUGCCUUCAGUUCACCUUGAACUUCUUCCUUCAGUGCCAUCGGUUCUUGAUCAUAUGCUACCUCCUAAAAUGACUGAAUGUCGACCAAUUCUGUGUAUUCCUUCCAUCUUCUUUUGAUGCUUCCUGCAUCGUUUAAUAUUUUCCUUAUAGAAUCCUUCAAUAUUGCAGCUUGAGGCUUGAACUUUCUCUUCAGUUCUUUCAGCUUGAGAAAUGCUUAGCAUGUUUUUCCUUUUUGGUUUUCUAUCUCCAGGCCUUUGCACAUUUCAUUAUAAUACUUCGUCUUCUCCAGCUGCCCUUUGAAAUCUUCUCUUCAGCCCUUUUACUGCAUUAUUUCUUCCUUUUGCUUUAGCUACUUUAUGUUCAAGAGCAACUUUCAGUGUCUCUUCUGACACCCUUUUUGGUCUUUUCUUUCUUCCCUCUCUUUUAAAUGACUUCUUGCUUUCUUCAUGUAUGAUGUCCUUGAUGUCAUUCCACAACUCAUCUGGUCUUCAGUCAUUAGUGUUUAGUGGGUCAAAUCUAUUCUUGAAAUGGUCUCAAAAUUCAGGUGGAAUAUACUCGAGUUCACACUUUGGCUCUUGUGGAUUCGUUUUAAUUUUCUUCAGCUUCAAUUUUAACUUGCAUAUGAGUAAUUGAUGUACCAUAGUUGGCCACUGGCCUUUCUCUGACUGAUGAAAUUGAGCUUUUCCACUCUGUCUUUCCACAGAUGUAGUCAGUUUGAUUCCUGUGUAUUCCUUCUGGGAAGGUCCACAUGUGUAGUCAGCAUUUAUGUUGUUGAAAAAGAUAUUUGCAAUGAAGAAGUUGUUGGUCUUGGAAUAUUUCAUCAUGUGAUCUUCACCAUCCUUUCUGUCACCAAGGCCAUAUUUUCCAACUACUGAUUCUUCUUUGUUUCCAACUUUCAUGUUCCAGUCACCAGUAAUUAUUAACGUAUCUUGAUUGAGUGUGUGAUCAAUUUCACUCUGCUUAAUGUUGGUAAAAAUCUCCAAUUUCCCUAUCUUUGGCAUUUGUGGUUGGUGUGUAAAUUUGAAUAAUAGUCAUAUUAACUGGUCUUUCUUGUAGGCGUAUGGAUAUUAUCCUAUCACUGACAGCAUUGUACUUCAGGAUAGAUCUUGAAAUGUUCAUUUUGAUGAUGAAUGGAAUGCCAUUACUCUUCUAAUUAUCAUUCUCAGCAUAGUAGAUCAUGUGAUUUUCUGAUUCAAAAUGGCCAAUACCAGUCCAUUUCAGCUCACUAAUACCUAGGAUAUUGAUGUUUUAUGUGUUCCAUUUAAUUUUUGAUGACUUCCAAUUUUCCUGGAUUCAUACUUCAUGCUUUCCACAUUCCUUUUAUUAAGCCGUCUUAUUUUUUUUUAUAUUCUACAUCAGCAAACUUCUUCUUAUAUUGAGUCAUUCUACAUCAGCAAAUGAAGGUUCCUAAAGUUUGACUCCAUCCACGUCAUUAAGGUUGACUCUCUUUUGUGGAGAGAGCCCUUUCCCUGUCAUAUUUUGAACGCCUCCCAACCUGAGAGGCUCAUCUUCUGGCACUAUAUCAGACAGUGUUCUGCUACUGUCCGUAAGGUUUUCACUGGCUAAUUUUUUCACAAGUAGACUGCCAAGUCCUUCUUCUACUCUGUCUUAGUGUGGAAGCUCAGCUGAAACUUGUUCGCCAUGGGCGACCCUGCUGGUAUUUGAAUACCAGUGGCAUAGCUUCCAGCAACAUGCAAGCCACUGCACCACUGCAUGGCUUAGGGUAGUCCUCUGUGAAUUAGAAGAAUAAUUCGAGCUUAGGUAUUAAGAUUUUCCCCUUUUUAGCAUUACUAGUUACUCCUAAGAGGUUAAAGUCAUCAGAAAAUUGUAGCUUGAUAGUGAUUUGUUUAAAUCGCUGUAUGCUUUUUAAAAAUCAAUAUUAAGAACAUUUAUUUAGUAUCUGCAUACAUAACUACGUAUUGGACUUUGUGGUAGGUACCAAAUAUUUGAUACUUACUGAAUUUCCUGCCCUUGAUGAUUUAGUGUCUGCUGGAGGAGACAGUAAUAGUAUAUGCCUGAAUGCACACCUACUGUUAGAAAGAAUACACCACCCCCCCCCACCCAAUAAAACAUACAAAGAAACAAAAGAGAUGCUUAGGUACUUUUCCAAAAUGUUUAUAUAACAUGAAAAUAAUUUGCUGAAUUUAGUACGUAUUUGUCAUAUGGUAUGAUCUGCACUUGAUGCAAAUAUAAAAACACAGUGUCCCUAUUCUCAAAUUUGUGAUUUAGAAUGUAGUUGGAAGGAAUGAUAAAAUAGGUAGAAAUUAUUUGUGUUCCUGAGAGAGGUAUAAACAGUGUGUACUGCCUUAACCCCAUUACUUGACUCUGCAUUUUUACCCUAGUUUUAAGUUUCAUAGUAUAUCUUUGCAUCAUCAACUACCAGUUCUAUUAGGAAAUGGUCCCUACUGUGUAGAUAAUCUGAUAUGAAAAAGAGGGAAAAAGGUUCCAUGGGAUUUAAAAUAAGGAAAAAGCCCAGCUAGUUAGGGAUACUUGGCAGGAGGAGUUGUAUGAGAUGGGUCUUGAGGGAGGAAUAGAAUGUCUCUGCCUAUUUAGGGAAGGAAAUCAGAGGUGGGAAAGCAUGGGGCAUGUUCACAGAGUAAUCAGGGGCCAGACACUAUUGAAGCAUAAGCUGGAAAGGUAAGGCCAAUUGGCAGAAACAUGUUUAUCUGAAAUAUUUUGAAGUAGCUUUCACAACAAUGUCCACUUUUAAUUUUUGCAAAAAUGGUUUUUCAUAGGCUCUUUAGUGUGUUGUUAGUUCUGAUUCACACAGUUUAUUCAGGAAGAGUUAGCCAAUGAAGUUGUCUGAAAAAUUUUCCAAACAUUUCAUUUCUUUGUCAGUAUUAUUUGCUUAUUCUUCUACUACUGACCUCAUGCAGUUCUCUCUCAUGCUGUACUUGCUCCUUUAUGGACUUUUUCCACAUGGGUGAUAAAGCCCCAAGGAUGUAGUUUUUCUCAGUUUACACCACUUUCCUACAGUACUAAAAUGUUUAUAACUCCAUCACUAAAGCCCUUGCCAAAAUGGACUUUUCAGAACUUUCCCUGGAGCUCAUAACUAGCCUUUCUCUUUUAGCAUUGGUAUUUCCCCAGUGGAAUAUUAGCCAGUUGUCCAAUCAUGUGUGAAGGUCAUACUGAUUAAUAAUAGUUCUUGUUGUUAGUUGCUGCCGAGUUGGCCCUGAUUCAUGGUGACCUUACAUAUAACAGAACAAAACUUUGCCUGGUCCUGCACCAUCUUUAGAGUAGUCGCUAAGCAAAUAUUAAUACAUUUGUUAGCCUGUGAUAAUUUAUGAGAUUUUUUUCUGGCCAACUUGUCAAAUGCUUUUGGGGACUAAAAAUAUUUCAAAAAUUUGUCUAAUUCAUUUGCAUUGAUAUUUGAAGCUCAUUAAAAAUGGCCUUAAUUAUUCUACAGUCUAUAAAUACUUAUUGAUUAAUGUGUUCUUGAUUAAUAAAACAUAAGUGUUAAGAUUUUACUAUUAGUUCUGUUUACCUACAUGUAUAGACAUUCAAGGCUCUUUUGGUUUCAAAAGGAACAGGUAAAGGUCAGCUUUGAUGUUUCUUUUGGUUUUCAUUAGCUUUAUACUCAGAAAGAAAAUGUUAAAAAGGCCAAAAAUUGCAUAUCCAAAAUGCUGCUUUCUUACAGAAUAGGCUGCUGAACUUGGUGUUGGUAAGGUUGAAUUGCUUUGUAGGGGGAAAAAGAAAUCCUGCUAUAGAUUUUGAGUAUGAAAUAAAAAAUAUGAUUUUUUUUUUGCUUUCCAAAUGUCAGUGUUGCACUUUCAGGCAUACCCAAACUUAAUGGCCUGCCUGUCUGUAUCAUUUUCUCCUGGAAUGACAGCUUAACAGUUUUCCUGGUUGGAUUUUGUUAAAAUCUUUAAAGACUACACUCACUAAAACAUAUGUCUAAUGUUUGUGCAGCCAAAGUCUGUGCAGUCAUUUUAAGGUGGUAUAACUUAGCAGCUCUGUUAUUAUCAUAGAUAUUCUGUUGUUAAAACUGCAUUAAAAUAUCAUUAUUUUAGAGCCUGUUAAUUCAUAACAAAUUUGUUCUGGAAUGCGCUGAAAUAUACUUUCGCACCAUCUCAGAAAGCAAUAGCCUAAAAAAAGGGAGACAUGCUUACUAUAGUUAAUUAAACAAAUUAUUCUGGUAGAUUUAUAACUAACUUUUCUUGUGUGUUGUCUGCCAUGUUCAAAGCAUUGUGCUACGUAUCCUCACAGAUAAUUUAUGGCCAUUAAUAACGACAUCUGGAUGAAAGACGGGCAGUGGGGGAAAUCAUGGAGUGGCCAAGUUGUCCUCAAAGGCUCCAUUGGAACCGUGAUGUUGUGAUCUUUUUGUUGUUGGCAGUGUCCUGUGUUCAAUAUUAGGAUUUUGAUUGCUCCUCUUGUGACAGAAGGUUACUGAUGCACUGGUGGAGGGAAUGAAUAACUGAAUGGUGAGAAGAUAGGAGAGACAUUGGAGCGAAACAGUGCUGACUGACUUAGCAGUCACAGUCAGUUUAACUCCUCAUCUUUCAGGACUGUUUUUCAAGUUUUUUUUUGACAGGUUUUCUAGAGUCCUUGUGAAGGACAAAGUCCUUUUGUUUUGUGGUAGGAGAACUAGACUCAUGUUUGACUGGCUUACUCUGGUACCAUUUAUAACCUCUAACUCACUGGUGCUCCAUCUGCCUUACACCAGAAUCCAGUUCUUAGAGGUAAAUAGUUGAAGGAGCAGAUACUGGAAAAUUCAGCCUUACGCGAUCUUUCCUGGCUUUGAUAGGCUCAGCUUUCAGGUUUAAAAGUUGUUUAAACUCUUAAAAUUUUUUCUCAAGUGGAGAAAUACGUCUAUCUAAGAAAAAACUUGAAAAAUUACUUUUUCUGUGGAAAAGAAAUCUUAAAGUAUUAUUAAUAUAUCUAAAGUUGUUUAUUUUAAAAAGGUUAAUAGAUAUCCAUUGAAAAGUACCAUAUUAAUUUUUACUAAAUACAUCAAAAUGCUAAAUUUCGUUAGAUAAAUUUCCUGCAGUUGUGUAUCAUUUUGACUAAAUGUAUGAAAAUUAAAUGCCUGUGAAAGUUAAAAAAAAAAUGUAGUUUGUAGAUUUGUAAUGAUCUCAUUAUCACAAUAUAAAAAGUGUUAAUAAUUUCCAAAGAGACUGCAGAAAAGAAUCAAUCUUGCAGAGUUUCAGUAAAUUAAAGUUGUAAAUAAUAAAAAGCAUAUGCUAAAUUGAAUUUGUAUCAUACCUUGUGAAAUGGAUGAGUUUUAUUCAAAGCAAUCUUCAAUAUAAUAUAUACUAAUUCUUUGAGUAUGUGACUUUGAAAAUAUGUGCUGUGUUUAAAGUUUGGCAUUCUCAGAAUUUUGACAUAACUUUAUUUAACACAUUUUAGUAAUUUUUUAAGCACUAGAGAUGAUUUCAAGAGGUUAAAAUAAAUUUAGGUGCUUUGCAAAUUAAAUAAGGUAAUGAAUUUAAAAUGCUCAGCUCAGUGCCUACCACACAACAAUCCCUGUGACAAUUUUCAUUUAUGAUUAUUGUCAUUAUUUCUGAUGCCUCUCUUAAGGGUGCACUAUCUCUCUUUCCCUGGUUUGUACACAGUGGCAGUUUCCACAAAACUCAAGUAUUAUUACUUUGCAUUCUAUCUAGUCUCUAGCUAUUGGUGUUUUUGAAAUUUCUGGAAUUACUUCCAUGUCUGUCAGUUUAACUCUUCGUCUGAGAACAUACAUGUUUACAUAAUACAUAUCCAGAGUAUGAAGUGUUGAAGAACUUGACUUUCUCUGAUACCAGUAGUUUUUUUCUUUUUUUCCCAUUCUGUCUCGCAUCCAGUGACCCGAGGGUCAAGUGUUGAGCUGGCAUGCAGCGGACCAUGCAGAGAAUAGGGCAGGAAAGCUGGCUCCCUGAAUAUUUUUAGUUUGCCUUUUUGCUGCUGGAGUUUGGGACAUUAGUGAAAUCAUGAGUUUUCUGAGAAAUCAUGGGUUUUCUUUUAUGAUUUUGAAGAGAUUGUGACUGCAACUUAACAUGUAUUUCUGACCAUUAACAUUAAUUCAUUCCAAACUACCAAAAAUAGUUUCUCCGGAGGAGAAAAAGACUUUCCCUUAAUUUUUAUUUAUUUUAGGCUUAUUGAGAAUACUUUCAAUAAUAUAAAAAUACAUAAAGUAAAAUUAAAAGUCCCUUCCCUACACUUCCUUCACUGUCAUUCCUUAGGAGAAACAAUUUUUGAUAGUUUGGAAUCCUUCCAGACUGUUUACACACAUAUGAUAUAUAGAUAUGUUUGUAUAGAAAGAUGUGUGUGUAUUGCUGGAGUCCUCAUCUAUGUGAUUAUUGCUUUUAACAAAAAUGAGACUAGAUUGUUCUGAAGCUUGCUUAUUUUACCGGUUAACUUAUGGUCAUCUUUCUUCGUCAAUAGAUAUGUGCGCGCGUGUGCGUGUGCGCAUGUGAACACACACACAGACACACAUACACACAGUAUCAUGGCUUCAAGAUGGUUUCUUGUAUGGAUGUGCCUUGGUUUAUUUAGCCAUUCUCCUGCUGAAGGACACUCAGAGUGUCUCCAGAUUUCAUCUGCUUAUAUGCACCCCAAGGGUCUGGAAACGCUUUUCCUGGGUGCGUCUUUGCUUUGUUUCCCCAGCACACUCUACAGGCCACAGGAAGCAUAGGCCAUCUGCCCUUGUUGCUUGUUGGCCAUCAGGGAUCAUUGUAAAGGUUAUCAUUUGAUCUUGGAUAGGCCUCACUUCAGAUAAAAAGGACCAAUUAUGUUGUGCAGAGUUUUAAGAUAACAGAGCAUUUUUAGAGAAGCUUCUCCUUUGUACCUACUAGAAAUUUAAGAUGCACCAUCUAGCUUGGGUGGAUUUUGGCUAUGGCAUCUUUAGAUACUUUAUGUUGGCAGAGCUACAAGGAAGGUCUGAUUGUCAAAUCUGUUUGUUUUUUUAUUUAAACUGUUGAUCCUUAAGUUCAGGACAUCUUUUAGAUAAUAUACUUUUUUUUUAAUGAUUAUUUUUAUCUCUUUCUAUUUCUGUGCAGAUGCAUUCAGGUUAAUUUGUGGUUUUCACAAAUGGCAUAAUUAAUCACACUCAUAAAAAGCUACAUACCAGUAUUCCAGGGUUAGUGUUCCAUUGUGAGGAAGGAGUAUUCAUCAAGGUCUUCAUAAAAUUUUAUGUCCUUCAGUCGCUACUUAAAUACCUUAUUUUUGUCAUGGCUACUGGCCGUAUCUUGGGGGUUAACAUUUGUUGGCUGAAACUGCUGCAUACUUUUAUAAACUGUAAUUGCCUAGAAUGAAGGAAAUCUUUCAAUUUAGUUCAUAUUUUUGCUUAGAAGAUUUUUAUUUCAUAGUCAUACAAUAGUAACAUAGAAUUUAAGAAAGGUGUUAUCAAAUUGUUAGAAAUUCCACUUCUAUUUGGUAAUUUGGUAAAUGUUCAACAUAUUUUAAAUAAUAACUCGCUGUUGAUUUUAAUAUUUUCUUACCUCCCAACACAGCUGGCAUUUUGCUAUGAUAUCAUAGCUAUACUUUUUGAUUUAUUAUUGUACAGAGUAUGUUAUGUACAGUGUGAACAACCACAUUCAGCAACUGUUGAAAAUAUAUCUAUAUUAUUUGUGACAUUUUCUAUAUUAAAAUGGAGUUGUGGUCAUUAAACAGGUUUUAAAGAGGGUUAAAAUGCUUUUACUUUUGCAGUGAUUUAUUCAAAUAUCCAGGAGGUUUAAUUUUUUUUUUUUUUUAGCUACAGCUUUUAUAUCCUAGUUUUGUGGUCUCCUCCACAAAACAGUAUAUCCUAAGAAUAUUGUUAUUUAUAUGCAAGUAUAUCUCAAUGAACAAAAAAGCACUUUCAUCUUAAAGCACUGUGAAAGAAAAAAACUAAUAUUGUGACAAAAUAGGAAACACAGUAAUUCAGUUCAUAACAAAAAUAUUUUAUAAUGGGCAUGUAUUUUUAACAACAUACAAAGAAUUUCAAAUCUUAUUUUUCUUUUACACAGGAUUAGAAAAAAUAUUGAAAGCUUUUAUAACAAUGCAAAAAUUAGAAUACUGUCCAGUUGAAAGAGAGUUGUAGCUUGAUUGCCAUAAAUUACUCAUUUUUAUAUUAUUUGUUGAAUUUAAAUAGUUUAUAUUUAUUACUGAGUUAAAACUACCACCACAUACUUGAAAUGUGUAGACUUUAGCAUUAGGUU